AUGGAAGCACUAUUAUCCCUCUCUUUCGACAACACGUCUUCCAAGGACAUCAUCAAGAUCCGCAAAGGCUUGCGCCAGAUUGAAGGUCUGCUGGCUCAGAUCUGCAUCCCUCCCUCAUGUUCUCAGCAAAAGCGCCGUCCAUCGUCAUCUCGUCUGUCUGGCGACACCCUCCUGCCGCCUAGACAGUUGAGCACCCUGUGCCAGGAUCCUGCCUACCGAGAGUUCUUUCGCCUGCAAGAGGGCUUUGAGUGGAAUGGUACGGCUUCUACCACAUGCGACUCCUCCAGUCCACUGACAUGUUCCUCUNNAGUCGCCUCUCGCCUGAUGGCCUGUCUCGAGACGUUGCUGGGAAUGCCCAAUGGUAACUACCCACAUCUCAAUCACGACUACUGUAACCUCAUUCUGACCUCUCCCNNAGCAACUCAAUCCAACGCCAUCAUCCUCUCCGCCCUCGAUAUCCUCCAAGGAGUCCUUCUCCUCCACCCUCCUUCACGCGCUCUUUUCCGACGCGAGAGUUACAUGGACCUUCUUCUUGAUCUUCUCGAUGCUGCAAAUCCACCCGUCGUCCAGUCGCAGGCUCUCCUUGUCCUCGUUACCGCUCUCCUUGCAACUCCCGAAAGCACUCGCACCUUCGAGAAGAUGGACGGCCUCCUUGCUAUCGCCAGCUUGUUCAAGUCACGCAGCACCUCCAGAGAAGUCAAGCUGAAGGUCGUCGAAUUCCUCUACUUCUAUCUCAUGCCCGAAUCCCCUUCUGCCAACUCUUCCUCGGCUGGUCCGCAGAAGAAGUCCAGCAAGCGCCGUAACACAAAUGAGAGUGUCGCCUUCUCAAAGACGACAGACGAGAAACAACGCCUGCUUGGCCAGUACCUGAGCAACGUCAACGAGCUUGUCCAGGACCUCAAGGAGAAUGCCCCCUUUGCUUUCUAA